UGUGAGUCGAGGCAGCGAGAGUGGGUGGGAGGACUUGGACUGAGCCCUGUCGCUUGAAGGCACCUGGGCGUAGCUCAGCCAAAAGGGAGACGAGCCGGUUCCUGGAGCAGAUGUUUGCCUCGCCUGCGCACCACACUUAUAAGCCAAGCUCCCGGCUUCAUCCCGAAGCUUUUUCCGGCUUCUCUUCGCCCCGAUCUCCCGAGGGUCCAAACGCGGGCAAGAUGGAACAAGUGGGGAUCUUCUCCUCCAAGCCGGCCGAACCAGUUGUCUACAAAGUCAAAGUGACGACCGGGAAAGGUCUCCUGACUGGGACCUUUGACUCCAUUUCCAUCACCUUGGUGGGGACCAACGGAGAGAGUGCCAAGCAACUUCUGAACCGGGUCGGAACCAGUUGUGCCAAGGGAUCGGUGGAGGAGCAUGAAGUCUUUUGUGACCACGACCUGGGCCCGAUCCUGCUGAUCCACCUGCACAAGGAACCUUACUCCUUCUUCCCUGAGAACAGCUGGUACUGCAAUGCAGUCGAGGUGACAUCUCCGCACGGUGAGGUCUAUCGCUUCCCCUGUUACCAGUGGAUAGAGGGUUACUGCACCAAGUCCUUCAGAGAAGGAGCCGCCAAAACUCCAGCGGACGACACUCAUUAUCUCCAGCGGAGGCACCGCCGUGAGGAACUGGUGCUGAGUCAUACAAAAUAUGGGUGGAAGGAAUACAUCCCAGGAACUCCAUAUUGUGCCGAUAUCGAUACGGACAUGACGAUGGAGUACAAUAUCCAGUACUCUUUCCCCAAAACCACUGCCUUUUUCGGGCGUGGGACCCUCGCGCUGUUUGAGGCCAAAAUGAAGGGCUUCCUGGACAAACCUUACUCCUGGGAGAAGCUUGAGGACAUCCGCAAGGUCUUCUGGUUCUACCACACCCCUGGAACAGAGUAUGUGUUCAGGCACUGGAAAGAUGACGAUUUCUUUGGCUACCAGUAUCUGAAUGGAAUCAACCCUGUGUUGAUCCGGAAAUGCACCAAGAUCCCAGAAAACUUCCCUGUGACCCAGGAGAUGGUGGCUGGGCCUUUGGGAGAAUACACUACCCUCAAGGAAGAGUUGGAGAAAGGAACCAUCUACCUUGCAGAUUACAAGUUGCUGGAGGGUAUCCCUACCAUCCUGGUGAACGGCAAAGAGCAAUACAUUGCUGCCCCUCUGUGUUUGCUGCACCAAAAGCCUUCUGGAGUAGUCAUUCCUCUAGCCAUCCAGUUGAGCCAGCGCCCAGGUCCCCAAAGUCCCAUUUUCUUGCCCACCGACGAAGAGUGGAUCUGGACCUUAGCCAAGACCUGGGUGCGAAACUCUGAAUUCCACAUCCACGAGGUGAACACCCACCUGCUCCGUGGACACCUGAUGGCGGAAGUCUUUGCGGUGUCGACACUGAGGCAGCUGCCCAUGUGCCACCCCCUGUACAAGCUCCUGAUUCCUCACCUCCGUUAUUCCAUCCAUAUCAAUGUGCUGGCCAGAACCUACCUUAUCAGCCAAGGAGGUACCUUUGACAAGGCCAUAGCGACCGGGCGCAGAGGGUUAGCUGUGCUUCUUAAAAAGUGCCUGGACAACCUGACCUACACAGAUCUGUGCCUCCCUGACGACAUCGAGGCCCGAGGAGUCGGCUCGCUUGCUGAUUACUACUACAGGGACGACGGGCUGAAGAUAUGGGAUGCCAUCGAGAGCUUUGUCUCUGGCAUCGUGGAACUGUACUACAAAAGCAACUUGUCUGUCCAGAGAGAUUACGAGCUUCAGGCCUGGAUCUGCGACAUCUUCACAAAGGGCUUUCUGUCCAAGCGGUCGUCAGGCAUCCCUUCCUCCAUCCGCUCUGUUCCGGAACUCAUCAAGUUUCUGACCAUGGCGAUCUUCACGUGCUCAGCCCAUCACGCGGCCGUAAACAGCGGGCAGUUUGAAAUGGGUGCCUUCAUGCCCAACUUGCCAUCAUCCAUGAGGAAACCUCCGCCGGACGUUAAAGCCCCAGUGACGCUGAAGGAGUACCUGGACAUCAUCCCCGAGAUGAACACCACCAGCCAAGUCCUCGCCGUCAUCUGGGUCUUGCGGAACGAGGAUUUUGACAUGAAACCUCUGGGGCAAUACGACGACGAGCACUUUGUUGAGGAGGAACCGAAGCAGCUCAUAACGGCCUUUCAAGAGCGCCUGGCGCACAUUUCCGAGGAAAUCAAGAGCAGGAACAAGUCGAUGAAGCUUCCUUACACCUACCUCUGCCCAGACAACAUAGAGAACAGCACAUGCAUAUAGAAGCCGGGUUUUGCAGCGCAGCGCAUGCUUCCAGACCUCACUGACUCUGCUGCGGUGCAGCCUUCCUCAACCCGGCGCCCUCCGGGUGCUCAAUACUACAACUCCCACCGGCCCCCAAGUCCAAAACAUCUGGAGGGCGCCCGGUUGGAGGAAGGCUGUUUUUGAGUUUCUCUUUAUGGAGAAACAGAAGCGCAGCCCCACAUCGCUAGAGAUUUCUUUGAGUGCAGCAGGCUAGGGCCUGUGAUUGUAAACACAGGACAGGAAGUCCGCAGCAGGCAGGCUCAGGCUGGCAGCAUGCAACUUGAAGAUUCACAGAACCCUUUAAAAAAAAGAUCCACAAAAUAUAAAGUGCCUGUUCUGAUUGGGGCGGCAUCCUCCCUGGAGGAGCAGGGGUGCAGUUUGGGGGUGCUCCUUAGAAUCACAGAACUGUAGGCAGAUGACCUUUGGGAAUCUCUUCCAAUUCUAUGAUUCUGUGCAGGACGUCUCAGGUUUAAUCUCUGGCGUCUGACUGCUGCCAGCCAGUGUAGACAAAAGUGAUCUAGCUGGACCAGCGGUCUGACUCUAGCAGGCAGCUUCCUAUGUUCUCGUGCAACCUCGAGUCUGGACUACUGUAAUGCGCUCUGCGUGGGGCUGCCCUUUAGGACUAGUCUGGAAAUUGCAGCGGCUGCGCUCUUCCUUGUGGAGGCGAGCCCAGCUGAAGCUUCUCCUGCACAUUAUAUUUCCUGUAUCAUUUCAUACCCUUCCUCUCCCUCGUGCCGUAAAGGGAUCAGGGGUUUGGAGAGGGAAGAACCACUUGCAGACAGCCAGGUUACCGCUUGGCAGCGUGAUUCGAACUCAGAGCUGUGUUUUCUUUCCAUUUGGCAGUGGGGGGGGUGGUUAGAGAUGUUUAGACAAAAAGGCAUGGGGAGGUCAUUAAAACACACACACAAACACACAAAAAACAGCAACCCAAACCCAUUUCAGGCUGUGAAAAGAAAAUAUGUCAAUCCAGAUAGCUUUGUGCCCUAGCGGAUUUUUCAAACCAAAAACUCAAUUUUCAAGCGUACGUACUUUAAACCCGUUGUGGGCUUUGUGUCCCUUUGAUUCCAGUAAGACUUCAAAAUAUUAUUAUUGUUAUUUGUUAAAUAUGUAUACUGCCCUUCAUCUGAAGACCACGGGGAAGUUCACAACAUAAAAAUGCAAAAACGAAACAAAACAAUAACUCCCCACCCAGUAAGAGCUUGUGGAUGCUGGAUUGCGAAUGAACUGCUUUCAGGUCAAGGUAGAAAACGCGUUUAAAAAAAAUUAAAUUAAAAAUUAUAGCAUUUUUGAAAAUGACAGAGAAAGAAUAAAUUAAAAAUUACGCCUGAAUACACAAAAAGAAAAAGAAAAGAAGAAAAGCAAAGGGAAAAAAAAUAUAAUAAUAAUGAGAAGAAGAAAAAAGAUUUAAUGAUGUACACAAAAUUGUUCAAAGGAUACAAACCGUAAUUUCAAUAUUCUACACAAAAGGCUCCCAGAAAGAAAUUACAUUUAUAUUUCUUUUCUUCCCCUACAAUCACUUGCUUUCUGUUCCAGUAAACU